AAUAUGAUGCAAUGACGCGCAGAGAAACCAGUGCCAUGGGCCCAAAGAUUUGGCCACUUGCCAUUUGGUUAUCCUUUCUGUGCACCGUGCGGGCACUGGCCGAAACAGCCUGUCCGCUGACAGGUACUCGCCAGUCUCCUGUCAACAUUGUCCCAAAAGAUGCACAUCCAAUCAGGAACUCUGUGCUGAUGAAGUACAAGGUGUGGAACACGAGCCAACUCUUUGUCGAGCAAUCGAAGGAUCAUGGCACUGGCACUAUUCGUUUCGCCGGGCCAGAGGGAGGAGGCUCACUUCAGGUGGGAGAAAGCUUUUCAGACAUGGAUGAGUAUGUUCUGCGCCGACUGCGUGUUGCGAUGCCAAGUGAGCACACCCUGCUCAAUCGCCGAUUUCCUAUCGAGGUGCAACUCUGGCACGAGCCCGCUAUUCAUCGAGACAUCAGCAUGCUUAUCUCCGACCGUGCCGAGGUUCAACAGAUGUUGAGGAGGUUUCAGCAGCUCACUUUAGAUUGGCAAGGAGAGCUCAAAAAGCUGGAGGACCCAUCGCAGAACGAGUCAUUCCCAGACCUCCAGACUGAACAAGAUUGGGCCGAGAGUGUUCGUCAGCAUAGUGUCAAGGAUGGCCGCUUUCUCAUGGAGCAUGUGAGGGAGCUGCAGCAGCGGAUUUCUGAGAUAGAUGUGAAGGUGGAGCUUCUCAACGAAAGGCUUCACCGCCCAGAGUCUGCACGAGUAGUUGCACUGUCGCUUUUCUACUGGACGCCUCACAAUGUGGCAUCACCCGGCGCCAGUGAUUUCUUGCGCUGGCUGACACAAGCUACGAAGGUUGAGCUGCCGAAGCCUGUCGAAAAUCAAAGCAAACCGGAGGUCGCAGAGAAGCUUCGCAAGCAAGUACAGCAUUUGCAAGAACUUGUGAAGGAGAUGCAGCGCAACCAAUCCAACACAUCAGGGUGGCAUAACGAGCGGCAUCUUCGGGGUACAGAGGAGAAGAUUCAAGCACCCAGAGAUUUUAACUUCGAAGAUUCGAUUCAAAGAAAGGACACUCUGACAGCGUUUGGCUACAAAGGCAGCUUCACAAGGCCUCCUUGUACACCCGUCGUGCGAUGGUUUGUGGUGAGUGAACCUCAAGCAGCAACUGCCAAGGACCUACUGUCUUUGGCAUCAAAUUUGCUACAGUCAGAUCAUUCAACGCAGUGCCAGCAAGCGGAAGGAUUGGAAGUUUGUGGGAUGGGCAUUCAGCCUUCUGAUGGUGUAUGGUGGAGAGGGCCCAUCAAGGAGACUCCCCAGUCCAACCCGGUCUUUCCCAGCAAGCCAAUGAGCACAACUUCACUUGGCUUUGGGUCAUUCCACAAGCCCAAAGAGACCCACCUCAGUUCGGAGCUGGUUUCGCAGCUGCCUUGGCCUUACAUUCAAGCCUGCUGCGCCGUUCUUUUGCUUUGUUCAGUCGCCAUGUUGGGAACGACAUGCUCUAUGUGGUCACAUCAAUGCUGUGAUCAGUGAGUUGAAAAGACUCACCCGAAGCCGAUGACAAGCUUUGCGGCCGUUGUACUGCGAAGCUUCAAAAGUCUCAGAGAUUGCUCAGAGCCUUUCUGCUCAUGAAUGUGCCUGCAAUCGGAUGCAACACUGUGCAAGACUCACUGACUUUGGCAACAAAUUGAUCAUGUGCCACCGGGCAAUUCAUUCAAUAUCAAAGGAACUGAAAUGCACUGCAGCAAUUCACGCUUUGUCCAGGCUGUGGCUUGAUUAGCAGAAAAGGCAGGAGCAGAAGAAACCCCUGCUUUGCAGUCAAUCUGCCCAAGCACCUCAAGAGCCUGAGAGCAAGUGACAUUGUGAGCAUUUGCGAGCAUCACUUGUCAAAGGCAAAGUGAUGCUCCAGUUUCUGAAGCUCUCUAAGAGCUACAUAUUAUUUUUCUUGAAGGGUUGUGGGAGCGAAAUAAAACCGCAGUGGGCAGC